AGGGCGUCGGGGACGCCCAAUGACGCGCGCCGCCGCAGUAGCCGCGUCUCGUCAGUCGCGCGCGCGCGCGCAGCCGCCGGGAGUUUGAGUGGAAACCGAAGGCGUGCGAGGGAGUCAAGCGGGGAGCAUGAAGAAGGGGGUCCCCUGCGAGCGGAAACACCCGUGGAUACCGUCGGGGAAGGCGGGACCAGCAAAUGGAUUUCUCAUGGAAGUGUGUGUAGAUUCAGUGGAGUCAGCUGUAAAUGCAGAAAGAGGAGGUGCUGGUCGGAUUGAAUUAUGUUCUGGUUUAUUGGAAGGAGGAACCACACCCAGCAUGGGUAUCCUCCAAGUAGUGAAACAGUGUGUCCAAAUUCCAGUUUUUGUGAUGAUUCGGCCACGUGGAGGAGAUUUUUUAUAUUCAGAUCGUGAAGUUGAGGUGAUGAAGGCUGACAUUCGGCUUGCCAAGCUUUAUGGUGCUGAUGGUUUGGUAUUUGGGGCAUUGACUGAAGAUGGGCACAUUGACAAAGAGCUGUGCAUGUCUCUUGUGGCUCUUUGCCGUCCUCUGCCAGUCACUUUCCACCGAGCCUUUGAUAUGGUUCAUGAUCCAAUGGCUGCUCUGGAAGCCCUCUUAACAUUGGGAUUUGAACGAGUUUUGACCAGUGGAUGUGACAGUUCAGCGCUAGAAGGUCUGCCUCUAAUAAAGCAACUUGUAGAUGAGGCAAAAGGCAGGAUUGUGGUAAUGCCAGGAGGUGGUAUAACAGACAAAAAUCUGCAAAGGAUCCUUGAGGGUUCAGGUGCUACAGAAUUCCACUGUUCUGCUCGGUCUUCUAGAGACUCAGGAAUGAAGUUUCGAAAUUCCUCUGUUGCAAUGGGAGCCUCACUUGCUCAUUCAGAAUACUCUAUAAAGGUAACAGAUGUGACAAAAGUAAGGACUUUGAAUGCUAUUGCAAAGGAUGUCCUGGUUUAGUUAAACCUCUCAGAGACUUGGAUUUCACAGUAUGAAGGUAGAAGUAGAACCUACAUUUCUCUGCAACACAGCCUUAACCUUCUCUGGCCAGGACAGUCAGUCUCUAAGUUCUACAUGGCCAUGGAGUGUGUUUCUAAGAAGAAAAAGAAAUUGAAACAGCAAUGCAGUCACUUCCUUUAGUAGUCAUUGCUGUCAUCAUGGUUAAAUUUGGUCUGUGCUUCCUCCACAGAGAAAGGCUUAGUCAGUUUUCAGUGGAACUAACUGAUGAACUGGGAAAGUUCAACUGCAAGGUAUGAAAUCAGAGUAUGACUUCAGGUUAGAUUCAGUACCAGGUUUUUUGCCUUUUCAUUUGUAAAAUAAAAAUUCUUAUUCUAUUGUG